AAUCGCGAAUGAGCCAACAGUUUUCGCUCGACGUUUAACGCGGAUUCGCAAAAAUCGUGGAUAUCGAAAUAAUUUCAGUAAAAAUCUCGGAAAUAAGAGGGAGAGAUAUCGAUCGCUCUCAUCUCGCUCUUAUCUCUGUCUCGUGGGAUUUUUCACAUAAUGCGAUAUACGGAAGCGGAACCGACGUUGGAGCGGAGUUUCGCGCAAGAGCUCAACGAGAUGUCGAGCAGCGAACAAUCGCCGGCGACUGCGACGUCGAGCACAGGGACGCAGACGAUAGAGAUGCAGGAGAACGCGCCGAUCGUUUAUUCCAACAGCAACAUCAUCACGAUGCAACCGACAGAAGGCGAACUUCGAUUUCCGCGAAGACCUAUUCCCAUCAUCAGCACGGACUGGAUCUCGACACCUCGAGCACAAUUUAACGCGAUAUCCGGCACGCAAUUCUUGGCCGGCGUCGAACAGUUGGAGAUUCAGCAGGUUAUUGAUUUGAGUACUAUAAUCCGCAGACCGGAUAGGGUGACUCAGUACAAGGUGAAAGUACCACGGGCGGAAACGCUGUUUCUUGCCACGGAGUCCAAGUCGGAAACGCAGUCGCGAAUGUGCGGCUGGUAUAAAGGUUUUGUGCUGAAUGUCCUGGAUCAAUGCGGCGAGACCGCUUUCAUUAUGCGGAAGGAACCCAGUUGGAUGCACGUGGUUGGAUCGCGACAGAAAAUCACAGUGGAAAGCGCGUAUCUCAUUGGUAGCGUGGAGGAGAAUUUUACUUUAAUGGGAUCGAGCUUUACGGUGUACGACGCAUUCAAGGAACCUCUCUGUAAUAUAUACGGACCCAGCGUCUGCGGCUGUUGCAUGUUUAAAGAAGCGCAGUUCCAGGUAACAUCGUUAGACGGAUCGCGCCAACUCGCAUCGCUGAUACAUCAAUGGGACCACUUGACGGUUGAUUAUAUUCUAUUGCUCACAUUUCCAAUAGAUACCGAUGUGAAAUUGAAAAGCCUGCUCUUCGGCGCAUCAUUUCUGAUAGAAUAUUUAUAUUUUCAACGAAUAAGGAAAACGUCCAGGGAAUAGAUCCAAAUAGCACAAAAAAACUAGUAAACAUCUUAAAGAUGUCUAAAGGUCAAUAAGACAUUUUAAGUUCUUUUUUAUGAACGUGUGAUAUCUGGGAUAAUUAUAAACAAUUUAGAAUUUAAAGUAUUAGCCGAGUAUCGUAAUUUUCCUCUACACUAGAGUACACAUCUUUUGAGAAAAAAAUUAUAUAUAUUUUCACUAUUAAUAGAAAUUAUUUUAUAAAAACAUUAUAACGUGUAAAUAGCAAAUAUAUCGAUCGGAGAUCACUUAAUUAUUCAAUAUUGUAAUCAGAGUUUAUGUAAUCAGAGUUUAUGUGUUAUAUACAUAAUAUAUGUAAUAAAUACUCGUCAUAAAUAUGCAUAUGUCUAUGCGAAUGCAAUGUUUGCAAAAUAAAAAUAAAAUAGGAAAUAGCAAUGGGAAAAUUUUGAUCUUCAAAGUAAAAUUUCGCAUGACAAGCAAAUUUUUUUCCUGAAAACGUCCAAAUAGCUUAAUCUCUUUAAAACACAUAUCUCUUUUAAAUAUAU